UGAUCCCUGUGUGACUGCCACGCAACGUGCUCUUUGCACCAGCAUCUCAUGUUAAAUAAGAAAACUUCACACCCCCUGCGACAGCAGUGAGUGUCCUCUGAGGGAUGCGUGGAAGCUCCUGAAGAUCGAAAAGCAGGUGGGAACAGAGAACCAAAGAAACCCCCGGCAGACAAUAUCGUGUUUCUUCAGAGCUCGAGAUAUUUUUGAAGCGCCCCGCGGCUCCGGCGCGAGGGUCCCUGACAUGUCACUGAGAGCCGACAGCCAUGCAGCUACGUCGACGCUGAGGAAGAUCGCUGCAGACAUGAGUAACAUCAUCGAGAGCCUGGACACCAGGGAGCUCCACUUCGACGGGGAGGAGGUCGACUCGGAGGUGCUAAAUGACCCAAAAGGCACCGCGUGCAUUCCCUUCUCUGCCAUCUAUCACACCCAUGGGUUCAAAGAGCCGGGCACGCAGACGUACCUCACGGGAUGUCCUGUUCGAGUGCGUGUGUUGGAAGUUGAACGCUUUACGUCCACAAAGAAGGUACCGAGCCCCAACGUUUACACCAUCGAGCUGACCCAUGAAGAGUUCACCUGGCAGGUAAAAAGGAAGUUCAAGCACUUCCAGGAGUUGCACAGGGAGCUGCUGAGGUACAAAGCCUUCGUGCGCAUCCCUCUCCCUACCAGGAGUCACACGGUGAGAAGACAAUCCAUCAAAAGGGGAGAGCCGAGGCAGAUGCCGAGUCUGCCGCACACCGCGGAGAGCACGGUGCGGGAAGAGCACUUCUCCAGCCGGAGGAAACAGCUGGAAGACUACUUGACAAAGAUCCUAAAGAUGCCGAUGUACAGGAACUACCAUGGAACAAUGGAGUUCAUUGGAGUAAGCCAGCUGUCAUUCAUCCACGACCUGGGACCGAAGGGCAUAGAAGGGUUCAUCAUGAAGCGCUCCGGGGGCCACCGCAUACCCGGCCUGAACUGCUGCGGCCAGGGAAGGAUGUGCUACCGAUGGUCCAAAAGGUGGCUGGUGGUGAAGGACUCUUUCCUGCUGUACAUGAAACCAGACUCGGGGGCCAUUGCCUUUGUCCUGCUGGUAGAUAAGGAAUUCAACAUCAAGAUAGGCCAGAAAGAAACAGAAACUAAAUACGGGUUGCAGAUCGACAAUCUCUCUAGGUCGCUGAUUUUGAAGUGCAACAGCUACAGACAUGCCCAGUGGUGGAGGCAGGGCAUAGACGAGUUCAUUCGGAAACACGGCAAGGAUUUCCUCACGGAGCACCGCUUCGGGUCCUACGCAGCCGUGCAGGAGAACACGCUGGCCAAGUGGUAUGUAAAUGCUAAAUGGUACUUUGAAGAUGUCGCAAAUGCCAUGGAAGCUGCUAAGGAAGAAAUUUUCAUCACAGAUUGGUGGCUGAGCCCAGAAAUCUUCAUGAAACGACCCGUUGUGGAAGGAAAUCGCUGGCGGCUGGACUGCAUCCUCAAGCGGAAAGCACAACAAGGAGUGAGAAUUUUUGUUAUGCUGUACAAAGAGGUGGAGCUUGCCCUAGGGAUCAACAGUGAAUACAGCAAGCGGACGCUCAUGCAUCUCCAUCCAAACAUUAAGGUGAUGAGACACCCAGACCACGUGUCCUCCUCCGUGUACCUCUGGGCCCACCACGAGAAACUCGUCAUCGUUGACCAGUCCGUGGCAUUUGUGGGCGGCAUCGACUUGGCGUACGGCAGGUGGGAUGACGAUGAGCAUCGCCUGACCGACGUGGGCAGCGUCAAACGAAUGGCAGCAGUGAAGUCGGUGUCGACGACCAACCUGGCAUCUGCAGCGGAGUCGUCUGAAUGUGUCCCCCUGCAGUCUGAAGCUCUGGCCCCAGAAAGCCACUUGUUCCAGAGAAAUGCUGAUGAUGUCCCAGACACAUCAAAAAUGAAAGGAGUAGGAAAACCCAAAAAGUUUUCAAGGUUCAGUAUUUACAAGCAUCUCCAUAAACACGGCAUGCACCAUGCUGACAGCGUCAGCAGCAUAGACAGUGAAUCAAGUUACUGUAACCCCACUAGAAGUCAACCGAAUAUAAUCCAGAGUUUAAAGCCCCAUCUGAAAAUGUUCCAUCACCACACUGAAUCCAAACAGGGGCUCGCUGAGCCUCAGGAGGAUAAAGGAUCCAUCCGCAGCUUGAAGACGGGUGUUGGCGAGCUGCUUGGGGAAACCAGGUUUUGGCACGGAAAAGACUAUUGCAACUUCGUCUUUAAAGACUGGGUUCAACUUGACAAACCUUUUGCUGACUUCAUUGACAGAUACACCACCCCGAGGAUGCCCUGGCAUGACAUCUCGUCCGUGGUGCACGGCAAAGCGGCCCGUGAUGUCGCCCGACACUUCAUCCAGCGCUGGAACUUCACCAAGAUUAUGAAGCCCAAAUACCGGUCCCUGUCCUACCCAUUCCUGUUGCCAAAAUCUCAGCAAACUGCUAACGAGUUGAAGUAUCAGGUGCCUGAGUCUGUUCAUGCCACAGUCCAGGUGAUCCGUUCUGCUGCUGACUGGUCUGCUGGCAUUAAAUACCACGAGGAGUCCAUCCACAACGCCUACGUCGACGUGAUAGAAAACAGCAAGCACUACAUAUAUAUAGAAAACCAGUUUUUUAUUAGCUGUGCUGAUGACAAAGUUGUCUGGAACAAGAUCGGCGAUGCGAUUGCUCAGAGGAUUCUUAAAGCUCACAGGGAAAACAAGCGUUUCCGAGUAUACGUGGUGAUCCCGCUGCUGCCUGGGUUUGAAGGAGACAUUUCGACGGGCGGAGGGAACGCGCUGCAGGCCAUAAUGCACUUCAACUACAGGACCAUGUGCCGAGGAGAAAACUCAAUCCUGGGCCAGCUGAAGACAGAGAUUGGAGAUAAGUGGAUAAACUACAUCUCGUUCUGUGGACUUCGAACAUAUGCAGAGCUGGAAGGAAAACUAGUCACAGAGCUCAUCUACGUUCACAGCAAACUGCUUAUUGCUGAUGACAACACAGUUAUAAUCGGCUCUGCCAACAUCAACGACCGCAGCAUGCUGGGGAAGCGGGACAGCGAGAUGGCCAUCAUCGUGCAGGACACCGAGACCGUCCCCUCCGUGAUGGACGGGGAGGACUACAGCGCUGGGAAGUUCGCCCAAUCCCUCCGGCUGCGGUGCUUCAGGGUUGUCCUUGGCGGCUCCGAUCUCAGUCCAGAGCAUCAGGAUCCCGUCUGUGACAAGUUCUUCAAGGAGGUGUGGAUUUCUACGGCAGCCCGCAAUGCCACCAUCUUCGACAAGGUUUUUCGGUGCCUUCCCAGUGACCAGGUGAAUAAUUUAACCCAACUGCGUGAUUUCAUCAACAAGCCCAAAUUAGCGAACGAUGAUCCUGCGAAAGCUGCAGAAGAAUUAAAAAAGAUUCGUGGGUUUUUAGUACAAUUCCCCUUUCGUUUUCUGGAGGAAGAGUACUUGCUUCCCUCCGUUGGAACAAAGGAGUCCAUGGUACCCAUGGAGGUUUGGACUUAAGAAGAUGCAGACUGCUUUACGUUUUAAAGCCUGGUCCUCUAGAGACGAGCUGAUGAACGAUACGGGAUUUCAGAAAGCUUUUUAUUGCUAAGGGAGGCAAAAAAGAUCUCCACCAAGCUAAUGUGCCUUUCUUAGGGAUUUUGGUGGAGGAACUUGAAGCAAAUUGACACUAGCAAAGGAGGGGAGCAGAAAGACUUGGAAAUUAUGGCAAAUGAGAAGUUUAACCUCUGAAGGAGUUACUGCUUAAGGCAUGUUCUGAGCACCUAAAGGAUGCAGGCCACUUCCUAGGACAGAAAACAAAUUCCAAUCGAUGUUGUUCCUACUGCCAGCUGUAUAUUGUGGUUGCGUACGUACUGUGAUCCUGCUGUGGCUGCGCAGGAGCCGUGGGCUGUGUGUACUUCUAAGGCUUUUGGGUAUCGGCACCUUGGCUCGCUGGAAUCCCCCCGUCUCACCUCUUUAGUUGCUCUGGCGCUGCAGGGAAGUGCUGCUUGGUGCUGCCUUGGGCUGUCCUACAGCUAGCCCAGUGUAGGUAUUUCACUUCAUAAAUGGAAACGGACUAACAAUCUUGUAUCAGAAUCAGCAUUUUGGUUUCUUCUCCCCUCUGGGGGGAAAAAAAAAAAACCCCAACAGACUGUUUCUACCAUAGCUAGAGCAAUCAGCAAUCCUCAUGCAGCGCGGCACUGCCUAGGUCUUGGCAAAGAGCAGCCUCGAUGGAGCCGGAGUGCUGGACGUCACUGGAGUUUGCUGGCCUUUACAGAAACGCAGCACGUCAGUUUGUUCAAACUGCAUGAAGGCCCUCUCCAGGAGAGGAUCAAAGUUUAAACUCAAGCCUUAGAUCUCCAGAGCUUAAGGAAAGCAAGGCACUGCAUGUGACAGGACAGAAACUUAAAAGCCAGCAUGGGCCAAACGAAGCCCUGCGCUCCAGGUCCUCCAUUCGUGCAUUUCUAUUGCAGUACAUAGGUAGAACUUUCUUUCCAUCUCUUUCCUCCCUGUUUAAAAGAAGUGAAAGGCCGUUAAGCUAGAGCUGACGCCAUGCGCAAACUAAGCGGACGUGUCGCUUCGUAGUUUGGGGUGAAUGCAAGGGGGACGGGGAGCAGUUAGCAAAGCUUUGUCUCUGGUCUACUUUGUUAUCAGACCAGCCACAAUCUUGAGCUCAGUCAUGCAGGACGUGUCUUCCCAAGCACAGGUAAAACUCAGCACGCUCAGUCCUGUUUUCCGUUUCUGUAAGGCAGUUUCCAAAGCUGUUUUGCAUCUCACUGUGCAGCGAAGCAGCAAUUCGAUUCAGCAUCCCUGGGCAGAACACUACCACUCCUGGGUCGGGACCUCGCGUGGUGGGUGCUGUCCUGGGUCUU